GAUCGACUAGCUUGUGAGAAACACUACGUAUUAAACGAGCCAUGGAGAAGUGUGCGAACUCACAGGGAGAGAGACCACAAGUGCGACCAGAGAACUUUGAUAAAGCAUAACCACUGGUAUCGAUUCAUGGGAGAAGGAGGCACCAUGAUACCAACGCAACGCCCUCCAGCGACACAUCGCUGCAGUACACACGCGCCCGUUUGGAUGAAAGGAAAGCAUCCAACCGUAGAGCAAGGUGUGGUGAGAAGAAGGGUGUGCGCAUUCUGGGAAGAGGAAGAGUGCCAUUGGUCAUGGAAGAUCAACGUCAGGGCAUGCCCCGGAGGAUACUACGUCUACAAGCUGCCGAAACCAAAGAUUUGUUACAGCGCUUACUGUACAACAGAUGAAGAUACUGAGGGGUCUGGAGAGCCAGAGGGCUCAGGUGACAUGGGCUAUACUCAGCGAGGCGAUACGCAAUACAAGAUAUACACCGAGGAGAAGACCUACGAUGCUGCCAAGCAAACAUGUGCUGCAGACGGCGGCCAUCUUGUUUCCAUCGAAACCGAGGCUGUAUACAACUUUCUUCUGGGCAUGAUUCGAGACGUCGAUGUAUUAAAAGACUACUGGAUUGGGCUAAACGACCAAGCAGAUGAACAGAGUUGGACCUGGUCUGAUGGAAAACCGUUGAAUGAUGGUGGUUUCACUAAGUGGGCACCCGGAGAACCCAACAACAAUGAAGGCAUCCAGGACUGUGGCCAGUUAUGGGCAUAUAAAAACUUCCAAUGGGACGACGACAGGUGUUCCUAUAAGAAGUACUUCAUUUGCCAAAUAGGUCCAGGAGAGGCGUAUGACGGAGACGACAUCAUCUUUGAAGGAUCUGGGGAGGAACCCUUGCCUACUCAAGAAAACAUUAAAGGCUGUCCAGAAAACAACAUAGUAGUGCUUCCCAGUGGUAAGAAAUACGUCGCCAGUGAUGAUACCAAGACGUACGAAGACGCACAGACAGAGUGCAGACGUCAAGGCGGGAUCGUCGCCAUCCCAAGGGACGAAGAGGAACAAAAAAAUCUGGUGUUCCUGAAGAACUGUGUCAGCAGAGAGAACCAGUUCUGGCUGGGUGUAAGGUGGACAUCGUCAGCAGGAUGGGUGGACGGCAGAGGCAGUCCCCUAGGCGGCUUUACGACUUGGGCGCCUGGAGAGCCAAAUGACAGAUACAACGGCUACAGAUGCUCACACAUUGUCUAUGGCAACAAGGAGGGAGACAGAAGAAACAACUGGGCAGACGCUUACUGCAAUUCGUUGUACAACUUCGUCUGUGAGAUAGAAAAUGCACCUUCCUGGUCAGCAUCCUCCCAGUUUGAUUCGCGUCACUCACCUGAUCGCGCUGAUAUCAACUCUCGCGAGACUUCCGACAACGCCGGCGCAUGGGCAGCAGCAACUAACAACCAGGACCAAUGGCUGAUGAGGGACCUGGGUGAGGUGAAAGUCGUGACAGGUGUCAUCACCAAAGGCAGGGACUACAGCCCCGAUUGGCCGUAUGGACCACAUGACCAAUACGUCACGUCUUAUGUCAUAUCUUACGGCGUCAAAGAUGGCGACGAGAAGUUUUAUACCAAUGCGAACAACGAGAUCACUGUUUUCCCAGGGAAUUCCGACCGUGACGCGGAGGUCUACAACGACUUUAGGGAGUACAACGGCCCUGUCAUGGCGCGUUACAUCAAGAUCCAUCCGAGAAUCUGGCAUCAGCAUAUCUCUAUGAGGAUGAAAAUUGUAACCUCUGAAAUCGUCAACGUAUCAUCCUGCUCUGAGUUGAAGUCCGUUGACCCUGCUAGUAAAGAUGGCGAGUACACACUCCACCCUUUUUCAACUUGCCAAGAUAUAUCCCUCCGCGUCUACUGCCACAACAUGGCGUCCGAGCGACCAGAAGAAUUCCUGACUCUGCCGUCCGGGCCGGAAAAGAACUUUGCCAACAUCUACGCAGACCGAUUAAGGGAUAAUUAUGGAGGUCGGUGCAACGGACCGUUACAGGACCCGUACUCCAAACGUGCCGGGACCACGAAGUUUAACAAAAUCAGAAUCAAGUUUGAGAACUCCAAGGUCAAGGUUAUUCGAGAUGACUACACCUUUGCUAGCACUAACGGCUAUAACAACGUACCAUACGGGGAGGCUGGCGACUGUUAUUCUUGGAAACAGGGAUGUGCCAAAGGAACGUUUUCAUUGGAUCUUACCGGGACUGGGCUCUCUUUAGCUUCCAACGUUCACUGGGUCAUGGAGGAACGCUAUCCAGAGUACAUCAGCAUCAACGACAUGUUUAUAUCAGAAGACAGAACGGUUGCAUCUGCGCGUUGCGGGGGAUGGUGUGGACACUGCUGGCCUGUGGAAAAGAACUUAAUUCUUUCCCACCCAAAAUGUGACAACAACCGCCAAAGCAGCAAGGCAAAAGACAAAUCCGUAGAGAAUUUCUACGAAGGCUGCUACAAGGAUGGUAAAAGACGGAGGCUUCCCGAUGCACUUCUCAUCAGCGAGGACAUGACAGCAGACAUCUGUGUCAAACAUUGUCGUCAAGAAGGAUAUUCUUAUGCAGGUACUCAGUACUACAAAGAGUGCUGGUGCGGCACUGAGCUACCACACCGUGGACCACGUGAAGAUAAUGAAUGCGCGACCCCUUGCGGAGGAAAUCAUAAUAAGAUGUGCGGAGGCGAAUGGAGAUUAUCAGUGUACAAAGUGGAGCCAGUUGACGAAAUUCAUUCGGAGGGACGCCAUGACUGCCAGACAUCGGACGGGGCUUCCUACAGAGGAACGGUAGCUGUGACCAGAUCGGGCCUUACGUGUCAACGCUGGGACCGGCAGACACCCCAUCAGCACACGAGAACGUCUGACAAUUAUCCGUCAUCCGGAUUGGAGGAAAACUACUGCCGGAAUCCGGACGGAACGCCCGGAGUCUGGUGCUACACCACGGAUCCUAACAAGAGAUGGGACCUAUGUGACGUGCCAGUAUGUGUGGAGCCAACCACCGCUGUUGAAGUUCCUUUGGAUGGACCUCAUAGCUGCCAGACAUCGGACGGGGCUUCCUACAGAGGAACGGUAGCUGUGACCAGAUCAGGCCGCACGUGCCAACGCUGGGACCGGCAGACACCACAUGAGCACACGAGAACGUCCGACAACUAUCCGUCAUCCGGAUUGGAGGAAAACUACUGCCGGAAUCCGGAUGGAACCCCCGGAGUCUGGUGUUACACCACGGAUCCUAACAAGAGAUGGGACUUUUGUGAUGUCCCAGUUUGUGAUGUCAGCCCACAGACAGCAAUGCCAUCGAUGACAACGGUUCCAUCCCAGACUGGACGUCCAGACAGUGAUGAUGAUGAAGACCGAGAAGUUUGGGGUUCCGCUUACACAAAUGAAGCUGUGCCUAAGAAUCUAGCAACCCAACCACCUGUUUCAACAAAAAUAGCAGCAAAGUCAGGAUCCUUGAUAGAAAAUCCCUCAACCCAAGUCCCGGUCCACAAAGCAGGAACAGACGCCACGCCAACAGUGUGUCCAAUAUCUGGCUACAUUCGUCUACGAGGAGCUUGCUACAAGUUCUUUGCUGAACCGAAGACGUACGAAGACGCUAGACAGAGGUGUGCCGAAGAUGGUGGGCUGUUAGCCAUGCCGAAAGACCGUGCCACCAACCGGUUCGUCACCAACCACCAUCGCGGAUCCAGCUGGCUUGGGUUAACUGACAUCAACAGAGAAGGCCGUUGGGUUUAUGAGGACGGCCAACUCCUGAAGUCGUCCGGGUAUUCUAGCUGGGCACGUGGUGAACCAAACGAUGCUGAUUACAUUGAAGACUGUGCCGAAUUCACGCCAACCCGCGCGUUUUGGAAUGAUGCACCGUGCAACUCCAGCAAGCCGUUUACCUGUCAGAUAGGUGUAACUGAUGUGACGUCAGCGAUCCCUACACCUACACCUGAACCUACACCUACACCUACACCUACACUGGCGAGCCUCUCUACACCGAAAGUUACCACAGAAGGAAAAGUCACCGUGCUCAAAACAUCCAACGUAACCCUGAAAUGCACCCUAAGACUGAGACGACGGCACAUCAACCAUCGCAUCAACUGGUACAGAAUCGGAGAAAACGGCACACAGGGUGCUCCUAUGAUCACAUACAUUGAUAGACACGCCUUCCACAACUACCGGCGGACUGCAGAGCUGCGAUUGGUCGACAGACUGGAGGCCGUUGAUGACCACGUGUCCCUUAGGAUUCUAAAUGUUAAAGUGCAGGAUUCUGGGACGUACAGAUGUGAGGUCAUCCUGGCGUCCCAGCAGCGAGCUUACGCUGACGUCAAUAUGACCAUUUUAGCAUGUCCAAUUAAAAAGAAAAAGGACCACAUCAUUAUCAACAAAGCUACUCCAACAGAGCUGGCGAGAUCUGUGGACCACCAUGACCAUGGAGGGCAAAGUCUUGUGGUCAUCUCGGACACUGGCAGUGUAUUCGCUGUUGCUCUAUUCACGGGAGGCGUUUUCUUUAUCUUGUUUCUGAUCAUUGCAGCUGUGGUCUUUUUGGUUUGGAGAAAGCGGGGUUAGUUAACCCACGGGACACUGGCAUUAAAAUCAUAUAAAGAUCAUUCCAAAUGUAUCCACCAAACAUACGACAAGUUUGAAGAACGUGGUGGAAACUUUCAUAUUCUAUACGUUGACGUUAGCAUUCUGUUUGAUAUAAUUUUGUGUCAACAUUGUCAACAGAUCAUGGGAGUAAACUUUCCAUAUCCUACUACGAAUUAGCCAUGGAUAUACAUUUAAGUGAUAGAUUCAGUUAUAUACCCUACUUUUCACGAUGAUUUUGAUACAUAUUUUGAUAGCCGAUAACAGUUUUGAUACUUUUGGUGAAUUAUAUUUGAUAUUCAAUUUGAUAGUUAAUCACAAAGAGCUGUUCACAUGUUAAUAGUGAGACAGCAUACAGAUGAUAUAUGUAUUAUAUACAUUACUAUUGAUAGAUGUGAAAGGUAUAUUGAAGCGAUGCAUCCUUAAGAUAUCCAUUUUUAUUACCGUUACCGAACGCAUUGCCUCUGUAAGGGAGUGGUAACAACUGUUUUCUAUGUCUUUAGAGGUGAUAGAGACAAUUUUGUACAAAUGAAAACCGACUUUUGAGAAAAAAUAAACGUACUUGUUUGGUUUAUUGAA